GCGGCGGCGGUGGCGGCGCGGGGCUCCCUCCUCGUGCUCGGCGUUGAGCCCCCGCUGCCGCCGCGACCGCCACGGCCGCCGCCGCGGUGGACCCUGCCCGACCGGCCCCGGGGUGCUCCCUGCACGGCUGUCCUUCCUGCCAGCCUCAGGUGGGUUGGGUACAAGAGUCCCAUACCGACGCUUUGGCACGCAGAAGCUGCAGCUCAGCACAUGCUGGCUCCUGCUGGUGUCCCUGGAGUAUGGGAGGCUGCUGGGCUUGAGCAGCGCUGUCUGGCAGGAGCUGCGCGUCUUACCCCGCGGCAGGGAGGGCAUCCAUGGCUGCAGCCAACAAGGGCAACAAGCCCAGAGUCCGGAGUAUCCGCUUUGCAGCUGGCCAUGAUGCAGAAGGCUCCCAGAGCCAUGUCCACUUUGAUGAGAAGCUGCAUGACUCUGUGGUCAUGGUCACUCAGGAGAGUGACAGCAGCUUUCUGGUCAAGGUUGGCUUUCUGAAGAUCCUGCACAGGUAUGAGAUUACCUUCACUCUGCCCCCAGUGCUCAGGCUGAGCAAGGACGUCCAAGAAGCACCAGUCCCCAGCCUACACCUCAAGCUCCUCAGCGUCAUGCCUAUCCCAGAAGGUGUGUCCCCAGCCCUCCUCCAGCAGGGCCUGGAUGUGAGAGGGGGUUAUAGCGUCAAGUGUGAGUACUCGGCGCACAAGGAGGGUGUCCUCAAGGAGGAGAUGCUGCUAGCCUGUGAAGGUGGCGCCGGCACGUGCGUGCGAGUGACAGUGCAAGCACGCGUCAUGGGUGAGCCGCGAGCCCGGGUCUGGUUACGGGGGGAGGCGCCCGCUUGGCCGCACCGGGUUUUUGCCCUCCCUGUCUGGAAGAGGGGUCCUUGCCUUGGCCCGGGGUUCCCAGGUGCCUUCUCCCCACCCCCCUAGCAGGGCCCAGAGGGAGGGGGGGCGGGGGGGGGGGGGAAUGUCUCCUAAGAGUGGGUGGGGCCAGGGGCCAGCCUGGCAUCCUCAUUUGUCACCUACCUUGCAGACCGACACCACGGCACACCCAUGCUGCUUGAUGGGGUCAAGUGCGUGGGUGCUGAGCUAGAAUACGACUCAGAGCACAGCGACUGGCACGGCUUCGACUGAGGCCUGCGGCCCUGCACGCCUUGGGGCCCCACAGCCUUAAACCCCACCUCAUCUCCCUGAAUGCUAUGUGACGGUGUGGCUUCCUCGCCCCUCCCCGGGGUGGGGGGGCGGGGGUGGGGUGUCCAGGGGCUUCUCACCUCUGCCUUCAUUGUGCCACCUCCCUGCCUCUCCUGUGUCCUCCUGUCCCACUUCCUCCUCUCCAUGAGCCUCAGUCUCCUGCCGGAAGAAAUGGGUUGAGCCCCCAGGGAGGCUAUCUGAGGGAGGGGUACACCUGGAGUGAGUUCUGCCCUCCCCCCACCCCAAGCCAUAGGGGCUCUAGCCAGGGCUUGGGAGAGGAGACAGCUGGCUAGGUGAUGUCGCCAUCACUCCCGUUACUGCUGCAGCUCUCUGGCUUUUGCCGUGCCCCCUCCCUCUUUCCUCCUGCUGUCCGCGCUCAGUAGGAGGGAGGCACAGCCCCAAGCCCUAACCCCCAGGUCUGUGUUACUUGGUUUUUAAAGGACUGGUUGGGAUAAAACCCUAAAGAAAUAAAACUUUCAGUGGAU